AUGCUGGACCCUCUCGGGCCCCCUCCAGCAUGGCUGCGAGAGUUCACCAAGCCUUAUGCGUUACUGCUAGAUAGUCCGACACUCACCGAGCACAUUCAUGAGGUCUUUCUGGCCUUCGCUUUCUACCAGUUCAUCCACUCGGUAGUCUCGCCGGUGCUAUCGCCGAUCCUCUUCCCGCAGUCCUACAGCAAGUUGUCUGCCCGCACCAAGUUGAAUUGGGAUAUCCAUGUCGUGUCUCUUGUGCAGAGUAUUGUUAUCAACGCUCUCGCCCUGUGGGUUAUGUUCGUUGAUGACGAGCGUAACUCCAUGUCUCCCCUGGAGCGUGUCUUCGGGUACACGGGUGCCUGCGGGUUGAUUCAGGCACUGGCUGUCGGAUACUUCAUCUACGACCUGAUUGUCAGCACGAUCUAUGUGAAGAUGUUUGGUAUCGGAACACUCUUCCACGCGAUCAGUGCUCUUUGGGUAUUCAGUCUUGGAUUCAAACCAUUCCUUAACUACUAUGCCUCGACAUUCAUCCUUUACGAGCUUUCGACCCCCUUCCUCAACAUCCACUGGUUCCUUGACAAAGUCAACAUGACCGGCAGCAAGGCUCAAUGGUACAAUGGCAUGGCGCUGCUGUCCGUGUUCUUCUCCUGCCGCCUUAUUUGGGGAACUUGGCAAUCUGUCGUUGUCUACAGUGACAUGUGGACCGCUCUCCAACAGACCUGGAAUGCCUCGUCCGGCCCGCUAACAGAGCCCGUCAACAUCAACGCCAACGUCUUCCAGCUAACCCGCAGCAGCAUGUGCAUCGAUGAGACUUGUGCUCGCGCCAAUGCUGAGAUCUCCCAGUUCAAGGAGUACACCGCUGCAGGUGUCCCGACAUGGCUGGUUUUGACUUACGUUUUGUCAAACCUGGUCCUGAACUUCUUGAAUUACUUCUGGUUCUUCAAGAUGGUCGAGACUGUUCUCAAGCGAUUCCGCACACCGGAAGCUUCGGGGACGAAGCCCGCACGCGGCGAGAAGAAGGGCGAGUCCGCGAAGUUGGAGGGCCCUGCUCAGGACAUUAUCCUCGAGGCAGCCGCUAAUAUGGAGGCCGAGGGCUCCCCCUUGCGCGAGCAUCCCUCCAGAGAUUUUGAUGUUGGCACGAACGAGGAGUUGAGAAGGCGGAGGGUGGAUCUUGUUUCGAAGGUCCCUCUGCCUGGGUCAUAG